AUGGCCGAAUCAAUGGAUGAAGAGCAGCGUGAGCGCCUUAAGGCCGCACUCUGGUUCGCGGUUGGCAAAAUCGUCGAUGAGGAGUCGCUGAAGCAAAACUGCAACGCUACACCGCAGUUCAUCGGUGCAUUGACUGAGAUGGUUUGGUCCCAAAUAGAGUCCGUCGCCAUUGACCUCGAAAACUUCAGUCGACAUGCCAGGAGGUCGACGGUGCAGACGGAGGACGUGGUGCUUCUGGCGAGGAAGAAUCCCGAUUUGUUGGACCUUGUGAAGGAGUUUGUCGAGCAGAAGAAAGCUGACAAGCUCAAGAAGGGCAAGGGCAAAGAGAGGAGAUGA